UGCUGCAGAUGAGAGAGUUCUGGCCGGCAGCAGCAGAGAGGAGUGAACUGGCCUUGGAGGAAAGCUAACCCACGAAUGGCCUGCCAGUCUGUCGCUGUAGUCAUGGACGAGCAGGCCCUGCUGGGGCUCAACCCGAACGCCGAUGCCCGCUACAGGCAGAGGGCUAUCGCUUACUUCGAGCAGCUGAAGGAGUCUCAGGACGCUUGGGAGGUUUGUGCUGAGGCUCUCGCCAAAGGGAUUUACAGUGAUGACCACGUCAAAUUCUUCUGCUUCCAAGUCUUGGAGCAUCAGAUCAAGUUCAGACAUUGCAGUUUGAGUGCUGUUCAGCAGCAGCUCAUCAGAGAGACUCUGAUGAAGUGGCUCCAGUUUCAGCUGAUGAACACUCAGCCCGAGAAGGCUUUCAUCAGGAACAAGGCAGCACAGGUGUUCGCCCUCACCUUCGUCAUGGAGUACAUGACUCUGUGGCCCAAGUUCUUCUUCGACAUCCUGUCCCUGGUGGGUCUGAACCCCCACGGAGUCGACAUCUACCUGAGGACACUGAUGGCCAUCGACGCCGAGGUGGUGGACAGAGACAUCCUGCACACGCCAGAGGAGACUCGCAGGAACACGCUGAUCAAAGACAGCAUGAGGGAGCAGAGCAUCCCCAGCCUGGUGGAGUCCUGGUUCCAGAUCCUGCAGACGUACCAGCAGUCCCACCCCGAGCUCACCUGUCAGUGCUUGGAGGUUGUCGGAGCCUACGUGUCCUGGAUCGACCUCAACCUCAUCGCCAAUGACAGGUUCGUGAACCUGCUGCUGAGCCAGAUGUCCAUGGAGGAGCUGAGGGAGGAGGCCUGCGACUGCCUGUUUGAAAUCGUCAACAAGGGAAUGGAUCCAGUGGACAAAACCAAGCUGGUAGAGUCUCUGUGCCAAGUGCUACAGUCAGCAGGCUUCUUCAACGUGGAGCAGGAGGAGGAUGUGGACUUCCUGGCCAAGUUCUCACGGCUGGUGAACGGCAUGGGUCAGAGUCUGGUGCUGAGCUGGACCAAGCUGGCGAAAACCGGCAACGUGAAGGACGCAGCAGAGACGCUGCAGGCCGUGGAGGCCAAAGUGCCUCUGCUGCUGCAGCUGCUGGUGCACGAGGAUGACGACAUCUCGGCCAACAUUGUCGGCUUCUGCUACGAGUACCUGCACGUCCUCAAACAGCUUCCUCAGCUGACGGACCAGCAGAAAGCAAACAUCGAGGCCAUCAUGCUCGCUGUAAUGAAAAAACUCACGUACGAUGACGAGUACAACUUUGAGAACGAGGGCGAGGACGAGGCUAUGUUUGUGGAGUACAGGAAGCAGCUGAAGAUGCUUUUGGAUCGACUCGCUCAGGUUUCACCGGAGCUGCUGCUGGAAGCCGUCCGCCGCGUUUUCACCAACACGAUGCAGAACUGGCAGACAGCACCCUUCAUGGAGGUGGAGGUCGCCAUCAGGCUGCUCUACAUGCUGGGUGAGGCCUUACCGGCAGCGCAUGGUGCCCACUUCUCUGGAGACACGGCCAAGACGAGCGCCCUGCAGGACAUGAUGAGGACGCUGGUUUCCUGCGGUGUCAGCAGCUACCAGCACACCUCCGUCGCUCUGGAAUUCUUUGAAACGGUUGUGCGAUACGACAAGUUUUUCAUCGUGGAGCCACAGCACAUUCCUGGCGUGCUGAUGGCGUUCCUGGACCAGCGAGGCUUGAGACACAACAGCCCGAAGGUCCGCAGCAGGGUGGCCUACCUGUUCUCCAGAUUCAUCAAAACCCUACAUAAACACAUGAAUGCCUUCGUCGAGGACAUCCUGACGAGGAUUCAGGACCUGCUGGAGCUCACUCCACCUGAAAACGGUUUCCCGGCACUCCUGACCAGCGACGACCAGCUCUUUAUGUUUGAGGCAGCCGGCAUCCUCAUCGUCAACAGCGAGAGCCCUGUGGAGAGGAAGCAGGCACUGAUGAGAAGCCUGCUGACACCGCUGAUGGACGCCUUCCGCCUGCUACUCGCCAAACUCCCCCAGGAGACUGAGGAGGAGCGUCAGACCGCCCUCGCCGACUGCCUGAGUCAUGCCGUCGGCUUCGCCAGCCGGACCAGCAAAGCUUUCAGCAACAAGCAGACAGUGAAGCAGUGUGGCUGCACCGAGGUGUACCGGGACUGCCUGCAGGCCUUCCUGCCCGCACUCAGCUGCCCCGUGCAACGGAGCAUGCUGCGCAGCUCCGUGCGCUCGUUCCUGCACCGCAUGAUCAUCUGCAUGGAGGAGGAGGUGCUGCCCUUUGUCCCCGCUGCCUCAGAGCACAUGCUGAAGGACUGCGAGGCCAAAGAUCUACAGGAGUUCAUCCCGCUCAUCAGCCAGAUCACUGCCAAGUUUAAGCGGCAGGUGUCUCCCUUCCUGCAGCAGAUCUUCAUGCCCCUCGUCCUUGCCAUCUUCGAGGUUCUGGCACGCCCGGCAGAAGAGAACGACCAGACAGCGGCACUGGAGAAGCAGAUGCUGAGGAGGAGUUACUUCAGCUUCAUCCAGACCAUCGCAGGAAGUGGGAUGAACGAGGUGAUGGCCAAUCAGGGGGCGGAGAACAUGGAGCGCAUCGUGUUCACCAUCAUUCAGGGCGCUGUCGACUUUCCCGACCCCAUCGCGCAGAAGACCUGCUUCAUCAUCCUCACCAAACUGGUGGAGCUGUGGGGAGGUAAAGACGGCAUGGUGGGCUUCCCCGACUUUAUCUACAAACACAUCGUCCCAGCCUGUUUCCUGGCUCCCCUCAAACCGACCUUUGACCUCUCAGAUGCACAGACGGUCCUGGUUCUGUCGGAGUGCGCUCUCACACUGAAGAUGAUUCAUCUCAAACGGGGACUCGAAUUCAUCCAGUUCCUGCAGCAGGAGUACCUGCCAUCGCUCCAGGUGGCCCCGGAAAUUUCACAGGAGCUCUGCCAGGUUCUCCAGCAGCCUGACGUCAAAGUCCUGAAAAACUACAUUAAGGCGUUCUUCCAGCGAGGAAAACUGUAGG